AUGCAACACACGACUAUCCUGUUCGUUUUCGGCUUGUUUGCAACACGAGCCGCCAUAAUUCGUCAUGAGUUCUCCGCGGGACAACAUCGAAUCUUUGGAGGCACAGACGCCGAGAAAGAUCAGUUUCCGUACCAGGUAUCGCUGCGUUCGCAACAGAACAGUCAUUUCUGUGGUGGGUCAGUUUUGAACAGUCGCUGGAUUCUCACCGCAGCGCACUGUACCGCUGGGAGAUCCCUCAGGAGUACGAUUGUAUGGGUCGGAACGCGAUAUCUGAACCAAGGUGGCGAAAGUUAUUCGUCGGAACGUUUCGUUCGUCAUCCGGAGUACAACGCAACGAACCUAGCCAAUGAUGUAUCGCUAAUCCGAGUUACAACGACAAUUAUGUUCUCUCCAUCAGUACAACCGGUUCAAUUGGGAACAGAGUUCAUUACCACCGCUCGAAACGCUCAAGUAUCUGGGUGGGGAUUGGCUUCGCUCCCUGGACUCCCGAUACCGAACAUCAUGCGAUGGAUACAACUGGACAUCAUCACAGUGGACGAAUGCCGUAGUCGUCACAAUGCUCUUCACGUUGCUCGAGUCCAUGACAACAUCAUUUGUACGCUGAGCCCAGAAGGUGUGGGAACAUGUGCAGGCAAUUCUGGUGGCCCCCUAAGCUACGGUGGCUCCCAGCAUGGUAUCGUUUCAUGGGGAGUGGCUUGCGCUCGUGGGUUUCCCGACGUAUACGCCCGUGUUUCGUCACAUUUGAAGUGGAUACUGGAGGAAGCUGCGAGGAACCAAUAUUAUCAGAAGCCACCAGUUCCUCCGAGGAAUCCAAUAGCAAUUCGCAAUGGUCCUGCGUAUCAAGAAAGAAAUCAUCCACAACCUCUACCAAGAAAUCCAUUCCAGCAACAAAAUCGACCGGAACCGAUGGAUGUUGUCCAUCCGUCCGGAACCGUCCAUUCAAACAAGGCAGAUGAGAAACAAGACGAUGUCACCGAAGAAUAUGAAGAAGAAAUUUUGGAUGGUGUAUCCAAUGAUUCUUCUUACGAGAGAUACAUCAGAGAAUAUGACCAACAUAAUGACGAGGACACAGCUUUUAAUGAAGACAAUGCAGAGUUUAAUUUUUUAGGUUAA